AUGUUAAGUGUGAGUUGUUUCUAUUUUCUAUUCUUUCCAUUUUUAGGCGGUGUUUUUAAACUACAACAGCGAGAAUGAAGCUUUUUCGAGUUUCUAUAGACCUCUCGUGUUGUUCUUCAUGUUGUCAUAGACAUUUUGGCCAUUGUUUGGGACUAUUUUUAUUGCUCAUGCGGGUUGAAACACUUUUCAUCGCUUUUUAUAGUUUAAGCAAAGCUUUUCGUUUGUUUUUCGAGUGGUUUAGACUGUUGGGAAAUUGUUUUUUGUAUAACUAAGAAAGAUAUGGCCAAGCCGUUCUAGUUUUCACACUAAUCUGGUUGUUUUUAUUUGCAUAAGGAAUAUUAUAACAAGCUGUUGGUUGGAAAACAGACGUAAAGUCUUUUUUAAGCUAUAAAAGUGAUGUUUUUUGCGAUUGAAACAGUUUUUUCAAGUUAAAAUAAGCUUUCAUGUUGCAGUAGGUUAGAAAAACUAAAUUUUUUUGAUUUACAGUUAUUUUUGCAGUUAUUUUUGGUUAUAAUUAUAAAACAAUCUGCUCCACGAUAAAGUGUCUUUUUUAUAAAUUCUUUUUAUUUGUUUAUAGUUUGCUCAGAGUGGAAUAGUUUAAAUUUACACAAAACUUGCGAUUUUUGAAACGAAUUAAGGAGCGUUCGAACAAUUUUUUGUCAGACGGGACAAAAUUGUUUUAUCAAUUAGUUGCCUUCUUCACUUUUCUUUUAUAAAAUGUAGUUUUGGAAUUUUUGGUCUUGCGGCUUUGUAGGUAUGCCUGGCUCAGGCGGGCUUUUUUAUAGAUAAUUUGAUUUUUGGAUUGGAUUUGGCUGAUAAUUUCUUAGCCUGGACUGGGAUCAAAUUAUCUCUUUGCUGGACUAUCAUUAGCCGUCUUUUCUAGACUUCUGGAGGUUUUUGAAUUAAAUUUUUUAGCUCUUGAUGAGCUUGAUACUAAAAAAGUUUCUUAGCUGUUAAAGAUUGUUUGACUAAAAUUUCUUCCUUGUCCUUAAGGGGCGUUUGACUGUGUUGUUUCCCUGUCGUUAUCGCUUAUUCCCCCUUCAUGAAGCGGGUGUUGAAUUUGAAUGUUUGCAGCGUUUUCGACUUGGGUUUCGGCUGUCUGCUGCUUAUCGGCGCUCAUUUUCGAACCAAUUCGACGACUUUCCCGGGAAUCAAGCCCCGCAAAAUCCUUUUAUGGGCUAUCAGCUGGACCAGAACAGUGAAAAGAUUCAGCCACAGGACUUUGAGUGGCCUAUAUUGGUGAGUUUUUUGAAGAUUUACUAAAUUUUUGUUUUGUAAUGGGAAGGUAAAGGAAUUUUUAAUGAUUUUCGGGCUUGUCUUCUUGGUUAUAUACCAUUUUUAUAAGAUGAUAGACUCAAAAAGUAGAUUUUUUGCUUUAAAAUUUCAAAUAUCUUAAUUUUGAUACCUAAAAAUUAAAGAUUUUAAAUUUACUUUAAAAAAUAAUAAAUAAACAACAAGUUAAUGUACGUAUAUUUUCAGCAAGGCGGAUACAAACCUAAAAAUGUACUUGUGUUAUCGAAAAUCACACGAUGGGAGGUGAUAAGGAAGAAGCGGGUUGGAACCGACCCUUCCGAUGCCCAUCUGAUAGCCAAACACCAACAACAAGAAGAGUUUGUGGAAAGAAUUGUCAAGCAAUUAAGGUAAGAUAACGUUUUUUGGAGUUUUCUAUGUUUAGUUUGUGUUUUGGGGAGCGUUUGACAAAGUUUUUUUAAGUUUUGGUAUCAAAUAGAGAAGUCUUAUCAAAUUUGUUACUCUAACACAAUGUUUCUUCAGAAAUCACAAGAUAAACGUGACAAUCGUGAAGCCAAAUGAGUACACGGUGGAAAAGCUCAAAGCAGCCGACCUUAUCAUAUCAGCCGGAGGUGAUGGCACUUUCCUAACAGCAGCUAGCCGUAUUCGGAGUAAAAUACCGGUAAUUGGAAUCAAUACAGAUCCAGUUGGAUCGGAAGGACAUCUAUGUCUGACUGGCAAGGAGAAAAGAGAUGUGGCCGAGGUUAUCGAACAGUUUUUGGCCGGCAAGUUCAGGUUCUUCUAUCGGCAUCGUAUUAGAGUGACGUUGUUGAAGUAAGUGGGGCAAUUUGAAAAAAAUGAAACUUACAAAGAUAAAAACAAAUAUUAAAGCUUGAAAUUAUAAAAUAAUUUUUGAAAAUGAUAAAAAACAAAGACAAACUUUAUAUUUAUUACCCUACCCAACCUUCAGGUCCAGCACCCUAAAAAAGCUAAAACGCGACGACAGUACAGAUGGCCAAAACUCGAAAGCCAACUUCCAUUCCGACGACGAAGACGCCUCCUACAACAGAGACAUUCCAGAACCCCUACUAGCUCUAAAUGAAGUCUUUGUUGGCGAAUCACAUGCUGCCAGAGUUAGUUACCUCGAAAUCCAAAUCAACGAUGGCCCAGUCUACAAACAGAAGAACAGUGGCGUCAUCGUGUGCACGGGUACAGGAUCAACCUCAUGGAAUUACAACAUCAAUAGAAGCACGGAGAGGAGUGUAGCCGAGAUGAUAAGCUUCAUGAAGGAGCAUGGGUAUCAGGUCAAGCCUCCAAUGGAUGAAAAUUCUGUUAAAACUUUAUGUCAACGUUACAAUGAGCGAUUGAUCUUUGCUCCGGAUGAAGAAAGUAAGGACUUUGAGUGAUUUUAUUACUUGAAUUUAAAAUUUUUUUGUUACCUAAAAUUUAGUGGAAAAGGUAUAUCAAUCUAUAGACGUUUAAAGACAUCAUUUUAGCACAUAAAAUUUAUUAAAAAGACAUGUUUUCAUACCUAAAAAUAGAAAAAAUGUUUUUGUUACCUAAAAUUUAAUAAAAAAGCCAUUUUGAUAUCUAAACUUGUAUAAAACGUUCAUCUUCAUGCCCAAAAUUUAAUUUAAAGUGCAUUUUAAAAAAAAUUAAAAUAUUUUUAAUUUUAGGAAUGGAAUACAGUAUUAGAGACCCAGUUUUCAACCGCACUUUCCCUCAAAUCCCAGACCGAGGUAUAGCGACUAAAAUCAAGAUUAAGUCUAAAUGUUCCCACGCCCACCUAACCCUAGAUAGUGCCACUUCAAUCCCAUUCAAUCAUGGAGCUGAAGUCUUGAUCGAGAUUCACCCAGAAGAUGCUUUGAGGACAGCUAUGCUCGGUCCUCAUUCUACCGAGUAG